AGCUCGAAGGCUGCGGCAGACAGAGUCCUGCUUCCUGCCACUUGCAGACCUCCAGGAAUGGUUCGCAGCCCGAGAAUUGCUAGGGGUGCAAGAAGCAAACUACUAUGCAAUGUCAUUGCUGCCUCGCUUUUGUAUGGGGGCAUGCAGCUGGCCCGUCAAGCCAAGAAUGCUGCCGGAGACGUGUUUGUUCUCCCUCCACGGGCCGGUCCUGCAACCAUAAACUUUCAUGCUCCGGAAGGAUCAACAAUUGCAAGCACUGCCAAUCUUGCAAAGAGUAUUGUUGGGGCUGGGGUGCUAUCGCUUCCACGUGGAGCCGCAAAAGUGUUUGAUGCAGCAGAGCAAGGAGGUUACGAUCAUGUGUCCAGCAUUGCGUUCCUUCUUUUGCUUUAUGCCGUCUUUGGUGGCCUGAAUGCUGGUGGUUUCUACCUUAUCGGGGAAGUAUGUGAGCGGACAGGGGCCCGCACUUAUCAGGAAGCUUGGAACAAGACCUUGGGGGAUCGGCUUGAAUGGCUGCCAAGUGCUGCCUCGCUGGUAUGCAGCUUUACUGGCAUGGUGGCAUGCAUCUCUGUUCUUGGAGACACCACGUCAGAGCUCGCCUCCUUUCUCUCUCAAGCCUUUGUCGCCAAAGAGAUUCUCAUCAGUGGAAUUUCCACUUUUGUUCUUUUUCCAUUGUGCAUGUUGCCAUCCCUGUCACCCUUGGCGUUUGCCUCCGUCUUGGGACUUGCAGGUGUUUGUAUUCUGGCCUUUGUGAUGACAAUCCGCUAUUUGGACGGCUCAUAUGCUCCAGGCGGCGCUUUCUACAGCGAUGCUAGAGCAGCUGUAGAUGGCCUUUCACAAGUUGCCAUUCAUGGAACAGGUGACAGCCUUCAAGGUGUUUUCUUUCAACAGCUGAUUAUCUUCGCGGCUGUUCUCUCGAACGCCUUCACUGCUCAUUUCAACGCACCUGCCAUUUUCAAUGAGCUUGAGCCACGCAUUAAUGCAAGUGGAACUUCCUCUCGGCUGCCUGAGUUCACCAUCGUCACUUUGGCUGCCUUCUUGUUAUCAGGUCUGGUAUUUAGCACCAUCACCAUCGCAGGAGUGGAGACCUUUGGCAUUUCCGGUGGCCCGUCCAUUCUCACAAGUUCCAGAAGUUGUGGAGCAAAAUUCAGUGACCGUUGUGGCAUCGAUUGCAGCAGCAGUUGCUUUGGCCUGCAUGCCCAACUUCGGCUUGGACAAGUCCUCCGCCAUUGGUGGAGCACUUGGCGCUUCUUUCUUGGUCUAUGUAGCCCCCGCCCUGAUGGCAUUGCAACUCCGAAAAGCCGAAUCCGGAGCCUCCGGAGCUGAAGAUGCCGAAGAUGCUGAUGCUGAAGCGAGAAAGAUGCUUCUCAGAGGCGUCGCUGCUUUGGGUUCUGUACUUGGAGGGUUGGGCAUGGCAGAGGCAAUGCAACCUUAAUGGUGCAAGAUGUCGCUGGUUCUCCAGACUCCUGCUGUAUAGACCGCGCGCAAGCUAUGAAUUGGCUAGGGGAGGUUUCGCAAUCGAAUUCAUUGAUUUUGGGGAUUGCACAAUGUUGCAGGUGCAUUCCUAUUUUCCGCUUCAAAGCCACUGCCAAUUUAUGAUUGUUUUCCUUUGUGCAUU